AUGUCCUCUCCUUCUCCUGACAAAGACGAUGACAAUAAGAAGAAGAGCCAGACAAUAAUGGCAGGUAUUAGCCGCUUGGACGAAAUCUGGAGACAACACUUGGAUCAGUACCGCAAAGUGGAUGAUCUGGAGAAACGAGUGGACGAACACGCCAAACGAUUGCGUCGUCGGGUGGUCAAUCUGUUGGAAACCCAGCCGACGCAUCGGCUCUCCCAUUUGCGCCUCUUUGUGUCUCAUGAAGAACGGUCGGUAGCCAGUGAUGCCGUCGUGUCGAUCCACAACGAUGCUUCUGGUACAACGGGUGUGAGUCAAAAAUGGACCUUGACGGUGGAAGGGAAACUCUUGAUUGGCCACUUGGAUCAUGCCAGUGCCGAAGCAUUUGACCAAGCGCUGCGGGAUAAAUUUCAAGAACGUCAUGGGGUUUCCGCCACUCAUUCCAGUUUGGCACUGGCGACCAGUCAAAAUGUCUCACAGACGUGUCCUACGGAGGAAGAAGAACCGGUCAAGGCGGCUAUAUUUACUCACUUUUUUGACAAGAUGGUAGUCCAAUUCCAAUCUCUCUUCCAGCCCGAAGAAGCGACAGCAUCCGAAGAAGCCCCCGAAGGACUUGUCACUCCGGCCAAACCAGCAGCGCCAGCAGCUAGCACUAACAACAAGAAAAAAUCCCGCAGUGCGGCCAAACGACAAAAGACAGCGACGCAACAACAGCAGCAACAAGAAGCCGAUGACGUGGAACCGAGCAAUUUGACAUACUCGGAUCCCACCGAAUUCAUUUGGAACAAAACCAUCACCACAAUCACCAAUGCCAAGGCCAAUCAAGCUGCUGGAAUUACCACUCAGACGACUACCAAAGAUGCCCAUGCCUUUUUGGUCCAUUACGAUUCCCCCACGGUUCCAUCCGCAAAAAUGAAACUCUAUGGCGCCAUUGCCACCGUACAAGUUUAUCCAUCGCGAGGACCCGAACAUCGCUACAAACCAUCUAAAGAAUUUGCCAAGGCGUUCUUUCCCAAACAUUGGUCCGAUGUCACACCUCCCGUACUCCCCACCACGGCCAUUGCCCAAGCCAAAAAGGCCGAUCAAGAAGUUGCCGAAUCAGCCGACACGACGACGACGACGACGACGGACAAUAAUAACGAAACAACACCCAAAUCCAAAAAGAGGGGUGCACCAUCAACAACCACAACAUCAUCCCCCACCGUUCCUGCCAAUCAACUGGGUCCCCAUGCACUGGAAAAUGAAAUUCACGUUCCGACCAGUCUCACCAUGGACGAUAUCUUGACAUCUCUGUUUACGUAUAUUCAAGAUCACAAAUUGGUAGGGCCGGAUGCGGCUCCCAGCAGUGUUUUGGAACAGGAAACUCCUUCCGCUACAAAUAAUGAUGAUCCGACUUUGAUUCACAAUGAUGCCAAACUCAAGGCAUUGUUCCAGUGCGACUCGAUGCAUUUUCAUGAACUGUCGACCCUCCUUACUCAAAAACGGCUCAUUACACUGUUGCCCAAACCAGCUCCCAUUGUGUUGAAAUAUGUCAUGACGACAAAGAAGAAACAAACCAACGAAACCAGCCAUAGUAAUAACACGGAGGAAGAAGACGAAGAAGAAGAGGUCGCACCCAUGACUAUGGACUUGCACAAUGACGUCUACGUUCCCAACUUUUUCCCAUACCGCGCCCGCGAAUGUCUGCGUCGCAUCAAACGCCGCGAAAUGGAUUACACGGCCAGUCGCACCAAGGCACGCUAUCUGUUAAUGGCCAGUCGCGCCAAAGACGAAGCCACCGUCAAGAACAAACUGGAAGAAGCCAUUUGUGGACGCACCCUCGAGUGUGGAUGGCAUGUGCUGGCGAGUUUGGCCAAGUCGGCUCCCCCGCAUUCCGAAGCACGGGCAACGGCACAAACGGAUGCCAAGAUUUGCCAUUUAUUAACGGAAGUAGAACAAGCGCAACGAGCGGCACAGGAUGCCUGGGAAUUGGUGGAAUGGUGUCAGAAUGCUGCUGCCGAGGAGGCACCAGCGACAAAACCAGCGGACUCAAUGGAGGUGGAUUCGGCGGUGGGGGUUGCAACCAAGGACGAGGGAGCACACGAAACAUUGGUCUGA